CCCCGCCCCUUUGUGCGCCUGCGCUCCCCGCAGGACGCUGGUUUCUGACUGCAGGGUCGGAAGAGUUGUAAGUGGCUGCAAAACAGACGCCGCCGUGCAGGAGCGCGCGUUCGAGUCCUCUUGUCCUGUUCGGAGGCUUGUGGGAUCUCAGCUGCCCGACCAGGGAUGGAACCCACACCCCCUGCAUUGAGAUUCCCAAAGAUGUCAGCUCAAGGCCAUGCCUGGUCCCGACAGGUGAAGAAAGAAGAUGAAGAAGAGGACCCACUGGACCAGCUGAUCUCCCGCUCUGGCUGUGCUGCUUCCCACUAUGCAGUGCAGGAGUGCAUGGCCCAGCACCAGGACUGGAGACAGUGCCAGCCACAGGUGCAGGCCUUCAGGGACUGCAUGAGUGAACAGCAGGCAAGGCGACGGGAGCAGCUGCAGAGGAGGAAAGAGCAAAGCAGUGCCCACCGCUGAGACUUCAAACCACCUAUCCCCAGAGGAUGGCCCUGCAGAAACUAGCACCCAGAGAAAUCAUGGGAGAAAGAAAUCCUUCCACAGUGGAAGUGUGGGCCAAGAAGUGUAAGACUUGGGGAUAGUAUUUAGGUCUGGGGUUGAGAGCCAAGAAGCCAUGGGUUUGGACAUAACUGCUGUAAAGAACUGUCACAUUGUCAUGUUGAGAUCCCGCCCAUCCUCACCCAUCUUGUGUCACCGAUAUUAAAUACUGACCAGUAUUUGCCAUGAAAAAGAAAGAGAUGGAUUAAGGGAUGCUCCCCUACCCUACAUCUUGGGUCUGUAUACCAAGUACUGCACUGAAUACAUGAACAUUUAAUUUUAAGGUAAAUUCACAAUCUAAAGGUAAAUUGGUUACCUAAUCAAUUCUUCAUUUACUCAGUCAUUGGUUCAAAAACAUCAAGUUUUUCUGAGACCUCCUCAUGUGCCAGUCACUGUGUAGGAAACUGAUAUGAUGAAAAUAUGAUCUCUGCCUUCACAUUUCUUUAGUCUGGUUUGAGAGAGAAACAAAACAACACUAAAACAACUAAUUAAUUCCUGACAAUGAUAUAAAUGACUUUCUCUUUCAUCAGUUGUGCUGGAUGUUUCAGUCAGUCUAAUGGAAGGAAGAAGGCAAAUGGGAAAACAAAUACUAAGUGCCUCAUAUGCCAGACUCUGUUGCAUUAACAGAUACAGUCUGACCUCAACAUGCUCCCAAACAAAAAAACACACAGUGUUGGCUUGACGUUUCAGAAGUACAUUUAACAUAACAUACACAUUUUCAGCUUUUGAAAAGUGGAGAAGCUGUCAACAUGAAACUUAUAUUCAUACUUGACAACAAUUUGCUGCGGCUGAAUUAACGAUUUCUCUUUUAGGUGGAUGUGUUCUCCAGUUUACAACAGUUGCCACUGCUUUUCAUUUUUCUUCCAUGGAACUGCAUUACCCAUUCUAUUACUUUCUGUCUGACAUUUGGGAAUGGGAAGGAUUUGGGGGGGUGAUCCCUGCUGUAGAACUGGAAUGCAAAGGGGCGUAUGUGCUUGUCAUCAUCAGUAACAUUUCUUGAGCAUAUUAGAAGCACAAAUCCGAAAUAUAGUAGGCCCUAAAACUACUUUGAGCCUUUGUGUUGGUAUUCGGGAAGGAGAGAAAGAGAAAAGGGGAGAAGAUAUGAGGAACAGGACAAUAAAAUCCAGUUUCAGCCUUUAGGCAGAAGAGGAUGACUCUGUGUGUGUGUGUGUAGAUGAAUGAAUGAAUCUCGGUUAGGCCAUGUGUGCCCAGUGCUGUGGGUCAUCAGAGGUAGCAGUGUGGAUUGCAGCUGUCAGCAAGAAUCUCAAAGAGAAGGGAGUUAGUUGAGUUGAUACCUUUAAAGCUGAAGUAGACAUUACAUAUUUGUAAUAUAUAUAGCAGAAAG